CCACCCCGGUUCUGUGUUGCUGGCCCUUUAAGGAAGCCGGCCCCUCCCUCGUCCGCGCCGGCCCCCGCCUCCACGCCAGCCUCGGAGCGGUUAAAGGGCGCCGCGUCUUUUGCGCCUUGCUGCCCUCGAAGCCUGGUACGCGAGCGAUGGCGCUGCUGGCGGCGCGGAGAUUCCCUGCGGGAGCGAUGGUCGCAGCCGUUGCGCGGAGUCUCGUGGGCCAGCGCCUCACUUCCCCCCGGGGAGCCAGCCUGCCCCAGCGGCGCUCCUGUGCCCGCUCCGCCCAGCGCCAGGGGCUGCUCUUCCGACAGUUAUUUGAAGAAGAGAGCUUCACGUACACCUACCUGCUGGCAGAUACGAAAACCAAGGAGGCGGUUCUGAUCGACCCCGUCCUGGAGACGGCCAAGCGGGAUUCAAUGCUGGUGAAGCAACUGGGCUUGAAUUUGCUCUUUGCUGUUAAUACUCAUUGCCACGCUGACCAUAUCACAGGCACCGGACUCCUGAAACAGUUGCUACCAGGAUGUCGUAGCGUUAUAUCCCGGGAGAGCGGAGCCUCUGCUGACCUCCUGAUCAAGGAAGGACACACGCUUACAUUUGGGGCUUUCGCUCUGGAACCUCGCUCCACCCCUGGGCACACAGAUGGCUGCCUGACCUACGUGCUGAAUGACAAGAGCAUGGCUUUCACUGGGGAUGCCUUGCUAAUCCGGGGCUGUGGCCGGACAGACUUCCAGCAGGGCUCGCCAGAGACCCUCUAUCGCUCCGUCCAUGAGAAAAUCUUCACACUCCCUGGUGACUGUCUAGUCUACCCUGCCCAUGACUAUACUGGCCAGACGGUCUCUACAGUGGAAGAAGAACGAACCCUGAAUCCUCGUCUGACCUUGUCCAAAGAGGAAUUUGUGGAAUUGAUGAAGAAUCUGAACUUGCCCAAACCCAAACAGAUCGAUCUUGCAGUACCUGCUAACCUCAAGUGUGGGAUUCAAGAUGUACCAUCCUAGCCUCUUCCUCUAGGCUGUGCCUGAUCCACCGGGAUUACAGCUUCUGAAUCAUUUCAAGGGGGUCUCCACAGCGAUUGCUUCAGAGAGUGUAAACAACUGUCUUAGCAUUCGCUCUGCCCUAAUCGGUGAGAGAAGAUGGCAGUUGCUUGGAGCAGCAAGUGCAUAGUUGGAUCAUGCCCCUUCCCCCACACCCUGGUAUCCUGAUGAAGAAGCAUUAAUCUCUUAGGGGGCUCCCUUCUUUGGUCUGUUUUUCAUUAUCUCUUUGCACUGUCCACGGUCUCCGUUAUGUCCCUUUCAAAUUAUUGCACUGUGUUGAUGUUGCCCUCGGGAGUGGGCGACUCCAGUUUCCAGCUUCUCCCCUUUCCUGGAUCAGAAGGCGGAGAGACCUUUGUACUGUGAAUGUUUGAAACUCAGGGUGAGGGAACUUGGCGUGUAAGGCUCCUUGUUUCUAAUAAAGUAAAUAUUUUUUGUU